AUGGCCUUGGCAGACCCCGGAGGCGGCUGUGCCCAACUCGGCUUGGCCUUCCCGGAGAUCAUGGAGCUGAAAGCCGAGUACUUCCAACUCCCGGAGCUGGCCCGGACAUUGGCGCCCGAAACUGGCCGGCAGGACUCGGACAAGGAGGGCCAAAGCGACUCCAAGGAUCUUUUCCCUGGGGCCAACCCCCCGGGAAGCUUGUCUGGCGGACAAAGCACACGGAUACCCGGCUUCAUCACCAUCACCUACGGGGGCUUCUAUACCCUGGGCCGGGACAGCCAGACGGGCGCCAAAUUUCACUAUUUGGCGAGGAUCACAGUCUGCGGCAAGACGGCGCUGGCCAGGAAGGUCUUCAGCAAGGCACUGAAUGAGAGCCGCUGUGACGUGGGGUGGAUGACAAUGUAUCCGUUUUGCUGA